AUGUUACAUGACCCUACGAUACAUCGGGCAUCGACUUCAACACAUGCACAACCUUCUCAACAUGAUGACAUUGAGCACAAUUACAACACUCUAGAAGCAGAAGGAACUAUGGAUACAAGAAGGCAUUCAAUUUCUUCCUUCUCUGAUUUAGGAAUGUCAAGCAUUUUUGGAGCGUAUGUCCCAACUCCACCUUCGACACAGGCAUGUAACUACGGUCAAGUAUUAAAGAGUGGAAUUCUAAACUUAGCUACGUGA